GCAGCAGCAGGUGAAGCGGACCAGGCUACUCGGCGAGGGGAGCCUGUUGAGCGAUUCCCGCGGUCACUAGAUCCCCGCUCUGCCCUGGUAAGGGCAGGCUUUUCUGUGACAGGAUUUCACUUUGUCGAAAUGAGCAGUCGUAAAUCAAAGAGUAACAACUUAAUGCAUUCAGAGUGCCUUUCACAGGUACAAAGAAUUUUACGUGAAAGAUUUUGUCAUCAGAGUCCACAUAGUAACCUAUUUGGAGUACAAGUACAAUAUAAACACUUAAUUGAGCUGCUAAAAAGAACUGCUAUCCAUGGAGAAAGUAAUUCUGUUCUCAUUAUUGGACCCCGAGGAUCAGGAAAGACCAUGGUAAAAGCUGUUGAUUUCUGGUGUUUCUUUGCUUUGUUAAUAAACCGUGCUUUGAAAGAAUUAAUGGAAGUAGAAGAAGUGAGUGAAAAUAUAUUACAAGUUCACCUAAAUGGACUGCUGCAGAUCAAUGAUAAAAUUGCCCUAAAGGAAAUCACAAGGCAGUUAAAUCUGGAAAAUGUAGUUGGAGACAAAGUUUUUGGAAGCUUUGCUGAAAACCUUUCAUUUCUUCUGGAAGCUUUACAAAAAGGUGACCGGACUAGUAGUUGCCCAGUGAUCUUCGUAUUAGAUGAAUUUGAUCUUUUUGCUCAUCAUAAAAACCAAACACUCCUCUAUAAUCUGUUUGACAUUUCUCAGUCUGCACAGACUCCAAUAGCAGUUAUUGGUCUUACGUGUAGAUUGGAUAUUUUGGAACUCUUAGAGAAAAGAGUGAAGUCACGAUUUUCUCACCGGCAGAUACACUUAAUGAAUUCAUUUGGUUUUCCACAGUAUCUUAAAAUAUUUAAGGAAGAAUUAUCUUUACCUGCAGAAUUUCCAGACAAGCUUUUCGCUGAGAAGUGGAAUGAGAAUGUUCAGUGUCUCUUGGAAGAUAGAAGUGUGCGAGAAGUACUACAGAAGCAUUUCAAUGUCAGCAAAAACCUGCGGUCAUUACACGUGUUACUGAUGCUUGCUUUAAAUCGUGUAACAAUAUCACAUCCAUUUAUGACUGCAGCAGAUCUGAUCGAGGCAAACCAGCUAUGUAGCAUGGACUCUAAAGCAAAUAUUGUACAUGGUCUGUCAGUCUUGGAAAUCUGUCUUAUAAUAGCAAUGAAACAUUUAAAUGACAUCUAUGAAGAGGAGCCCUUUAAUUUUCAAAUGGUCUAUAAUGAGUUUCAGAAGUUUGUUCAAAGAAAGGCCCAUUCUGUUUAUAAUUUUGAGAAACCUGUUGUCAUGAAGGCUUUUGAACACUUACAACAAUUAGAAUUAAUAAGGCCCAUGGAAAGAACUUCAGUAAAUGCACAGAGAGAGUACCAGCUGAUGAAACUACUUUUGGAUAAUACUCAAAUUAUGAAUGCUUUGCAGAAAUACCCCAACUGUCCUACAGAUGUUAGACAGUGGGCAACAUCCUCACUGAGCUGGUUAUGAAUAUAAUCAGUGGCUUAUGGAGUUUCAGGCAUACUUCUGUAAAGAACUAAAAGCUAUUGUCCUUUAAUAAGAUAUGUUAUUACAUUUUUUAUAUUUGUAAACAUGUAUUUUUGUAUUUAUGGGGGACUGUUGCACAUGUAGUAUCUUGGCUGUGUCUUGCAUUUGAAUCAUGAGCAGUUACAUGAUUUAUAAUUCCAGGGAUUUAGAUUAUGUUGUAAGUAGCAGUUCAAAACAAUAAAUGUGACUAUUUUAGGGAUUGAA